GUGCAAAUAACAUUGCUAGAGCGCCCAAGCGCCUAAGCGUCUAGCGUCUAGUGGUCCCUCUAAUAAUACGUUAUCAUCUUUUCGUCUUUCCUAUGUUCCCGUAUAAACAUUUCCUUAACAACUUUUAGAGAAUUCCGAACGAGACCGUAGAAUAUCCCUUGGCUCGGUAAGAAUUGAUCAUUGUAGUGAUCAAUAGCAUUAUUCAGCCAUGGACGACUUUGACCGAGAUUCUAAUGCCAGCUCUGAUAACGAACAUGACGACGAUAUUAUGAUCCACGAUGCCGAUGGCGAUCCGGAUGCAGAUGCGGAUGCGGAUGCGGACGUGGACGUGGAUGGCGAGGAUGAGAACGAAAAUGACAAUCAAGACCACGAAGAGGAUGAUGAAGAAGACGACGACGAUCCUGAUCAACCUGAACCCGAACACGAACAUGAACAUGACGAUGAUGAAGAUGCUCACGAUCAUCGACGGCCAAAUGGCUUGAGCAACCCUUCUGUAACCCGGACCUCGGCUACCCCAGGUCCUCUCGCAACCCCGAAAUGGAAACCCAAGGUUCGCCCGGAAAUGCUCACCGCGGCUACGUACGAUAUCGUCCCAACCAUGGCAGCUCCUAUGGCCACGAGUAUCAAUGCCAUGGCUAUAACUCCUGAUCUUCGCUACUGGAUGACGGGCGGAAGUGAUGGAUACAUUAGAAAAUACGACGGGCCCGCCACGAUCAACGGUAAGACUCUUUUGACCGUAGCGCAGCGCCAUCCGUUCGUCGACUCGGUAACCAAAGCUGGUGUGUUAAUGUCGUAUUGGGAAAAUGCCGAACCCCAGCCCCCUUCUGUUCGACAGGAAGACUUGGUUCUCAGCCCCGUUUACAGUCUGGCUGUUCACUCGCAGGCCCUAUGGCUCCUGUCCGGCCUCGAGAGCGGCGGUAUCAAUCUUCAGAGCGUGCGCCAUGAUGAGGGAAAGCGGAUUACGUGUCUGAAGAAGCAUACCAACGCCGUCAGCGUCUUGACCCUUUCUCCUGAUGAGAAGAGCGUCCUGAGUGGAAGCUGGGACAAGAAUAUAUUUGACUGGGACUUAAACACGGGGCAAGUAGCGCGGCAGUUUGACGGGAGUGGGGGACAAAUUUCUGCCAUCGAGAUCAGGCCCAUGGGAGGGCAACCUAUACCCCCGGAAGCUAGCGAAGAGGAGAUUAUAAGCGAUACGUUCUUUAGCAAUAACGCGCAUCCUGGUGCUGACGGCGACUUGAAAUUUGAGAUGGAUGGCGGGUUUGGUAUGGAUAUCGACAGUGGCGUAAAUGGUAUGGGGGUUAAUGGGGUUUCCGACCAGACGGCUAAUGGGAGAGAUGUCAUACCCGACAGUCGGGGGAGUCCUGGACAUGAUAGCCUAUUUGGUGGUAGCCCUACCGGCGGCUCGGAUCUCUUCAGUGACAACGACGGGAUGGGCGCUUUCGGCGGGGAUGAGGAUAAUGAGUUUUCCCGAGCCAUGAUGCAGGAUUCGGCCCAAGAUGCCGAGGUCGCAAUGGGCGACUAUAACAUGUCCGGCACAGCCUUUGAAUCAGGGUCGGGCCAAGUUCCGGCUACUCAGCCUCUGCCUGACUCGACCUCCUCAGACAAUGCUCUCUUUGGCGAUAGCGCGCUUGGUUCUUUCGGGACCGAUGCAAACCACGACCCUUCGUCUCUACCCUCCAUACCGGAAUUUUCGCAGCCGAUUAACACUAACGGCAACACAUUUCAGUCCUUGCCAGGAGAUGCACCUUUGCCGUCUGCUCAGGGAAACCAAGGAGUACCACCCCAAUCACCUUCUACCGUCUUUGCCGCACCGCCGCCGACGCAUUACGAUAUGACACAGACUUCGGAUAGCACCUUUCUUUCCGCAUCUAUCGAUGGGACCUUGCGCGUUUGGGAUCGUCGGAUGCAGAAUCCCGUGGCGCGUAUUGGAAAUCGGCCUGGGGUUCCUCCUUGGUGUAUGGGCGCGUGUUGGAGUCCGGAUGGCAAUUGGAUAUACGCAGGCCGUAGAAAUGGAACGGUGGAGGAAUUUAGCAUACAGAAAGCGAAAGGCGGUCGCGUAGGUUGGCAACCGGAACGAGUCUUCAAGUUUCCUGGUGGAAGUGGUCCAGUCAGCUGCGUUCGAUCAAUGGUAAACGGACGGCAUCUAGUUUGCGCCUCUCACGACAUCCUUCGGCUUUAUGAUCUCCGAUCUGAAAACUCAUCUAAGCACUCGCCGCCGCCCUUUCUAAUUAUUCCCGGCCCACCUCGCGCUGGUGUCAUAUCCAGCCUAUACAUCGAUCCGUCCAGCCGCUUCAUGAUAUCAGCCGCGGGAAAUCGAGGCUGGGAAGGGACAACUACCGAAGUUCUUAUUGGAUACGAGAUAAACGUCCCGACGUGAUAACAGGUCUCAUAUAUGUCUGCGAUGCGCACAGCUUGGUCGUAUCCGGGGGUUUUUUUCUUUGUUUGGUGGCUCGUUUGGAAAAGGUGAUACCCAGCAUUUGAUUUGGAAAUGGAGAAACGGAGUAACGGCACCUGUCACGAGAGUAAUAGAACUCUAUAUAUUGAGGGCCAUUGUUAGGCUACAGGAAUAGUGGUCGGCUCAAUGUCAUUACGCGGCAACUAGACUUUAGAGAAAUGCUAGAAUAGCAGAUAAACUUCAACAUGCUUCUAUCAUUGUCAUUCUCUCCAGAGCCAGUUCGAUAUGAUGGUAUCAAGACAUUACAAUCAAAGCACGAUCAUCGUCACGUU